AUGCUCAACUCGCUCAUACCCACACGCUGGCGGCGUAACCUCGAGCUUCCCGACUCCGACAAGCCAGGCUACUACAACCGCCAAGUCACGCCGUACGUACAGGCGCUUUCGCACACCGCAUGCACCCAUCCGAUCCACACCAUAGCAUUCGUUGCGGUGCUUGGUAGUGCAUUCUACGUCAACUUGCUAGAGUCAGGCUUCUUCCAGCCUUCGCCGGCGGCGCUGGGUAACCGGGUCGAUCUCGAUGCGCUCUCGGCAGGGAGCAGGAGACUGCAGCUUGGGCCGGAGACUGCAUGGAAAUGGCAACUCGAGGAGAAUGGCGUAAGACAUGUGUCGGUGGACCAUGACGAGCUAGCGCUCGUGACGCUGGCUUUUCCGGCCAGUCAAGGCGCCCUCUAUGCGGCCCCAGAAGCAGAGAAAGUCCCAUUGUUGGAAGGCGGCUCUGCGGAGCUACUACCCUCAAGUUCGAACAUCCUCCUGGGCAUUUCCUCCGAUGUAACGCUGGCAUACGCCAUGCCAUACGCCGAGGUGCCGCAAGCGCUGGAAAGCAUCAAGGAGCUUCCGGCUUCCGGCUUAGUUGCGGCGCAGGAUGACGAGACGGACGAUGAGCCAAAACGGCCACAAUGGACGUUACGAACCGGUAAGCGCUCGACUUCAUCCAACGGCAUGCUUGAAUGGGCAGAGAACUCCUGGACGGCCUUUAUCGAUUUACUGAAGAACGCGGAAACACUCGACAUAAUCAUAAUGUCUCUGGGCUAUUUCAGCAUGUACUUGACUUUCAUCUCGCUUUUCCUCAGCAUGCGCCGCAUGGGCUCCAACUUCUGGCUGGGCACCACUGUCCUUUUCUCUUCGGCAUUUGCGUUUCUGUUCGGCAUUGUAGUGACGAUGAAACUGGGUGUUCCGGAGAACGUGGUCUUGCUUUCGGAAGGCGUGCCGUUUCUGGUUGUAACGGUAGGCUUCGAGAAGCCGAUCGUACUCACCCAGGCCGUGCUUUCGGCAGCUUUGCAGGCAAAACGGCCGAACCCAAACGGCAACGGCAAUGGAGACGCACCGCACACUAUUCAGAAUGCAGUGCAAACUGCUGUCCGAGAACGUGGCUUUGAGAUUGUCCGCGAUUACGCCAUCGAGAUCGCCAUUCUCUGCGCUGGCGCGGCUUCAGGAAUACAGGGCGGCCUGAGACAGUUCUGCUUCUUGGCUGCUUGGACGCUCUUCUUCGACUGCAUCCUGCUGUUCACCUUCUACACUUCCAUUCUGACGAUCAAACUUGAGAUCAACCGCAUUAAGCGGCAUGUCGCUCUCCGCAAGGCGCUCGAGGAGGACGGAGUCAGCCGGCGGGUGGCCGAGAACGUGGCGUCCAGCAAUGAGUGGCCGAAGGACGAGAGCAUACAGAGCUCCGAAGGCUACAGCAUCUUUGGCCGGAAAGUGCGCGACAGCAGCAUCCCUCGCUUCAAAGUGUUGAUGGUGACAGGCUUCAUUUUAAUCAAUGUGCUCAACCUCUGCACCAUGCCUUUCCGCGGGACGCGUAACAACUCGCCUGUCACCACCGCAGGCUUGUCGAGCGUCGUAACGCAGCCACCGAUGGACCCGUUCAAGGUUGCCGGGAAUGGCCUGGACUACAUCUUCAGCCAAGCGAAACGCAACGACCAGGCCAUCAGUGUCACAGUAUUCAACCCCAUCAAGUACGAGCUCCAGUACCCGUCGGUGCAUCACGCAGUCAAGCAAGGCUCAGACUGGUCUCUCUUCGACGGUGACUACCGGGAUGGUGUGUUCUCCGCCGUCGGCGGCAGGGUCGUGGAGAGCCUACUCAAGAGCUUCGAGGACCCCGUGCUUAGCAAGUGGGUUAUUGUGGCUCUGGCGAUGAGUCUGGCGCUCAACGGCUACCUAUUCAAUGCUGCACGGUGGAGUAUCAAGGAUCCUGACCAAGAGCAACAUGAUAGCGUACCGGAGGUCACCGUGCAGUCCGCGCGCCCGGUCAGUGCGCACAAGCACAAGCCGAGCAUAAACGGGGCGCUGGUUGCUCCCACCACAAAUGGCGAGCCGAAGGAGCCUGGAGCAGAGCCUCAUGAACCUAAUGGAUCACGAAAGCGGACACGGGAGGAAUGUGAGGAACUUUUGCGCGAGAAGAAGGCACCCUUACUCGACGACUCCGAAUUGAUCGAUCUAUCUCUGCGUGGCAAAAUCCCUGGCUAUGCGUUGGAGAAGACGCUUGAGGAUAAGACACGAGCUGUCAAAAUCCGACGAGCGGUCGUCUCGCGAACACCAGGUACGGCGGAAGUUACGUCCAAGCUGGAGAACUCAUUGCUUCCGUACGAACACUUCGAUUACGACCGCGUUUUCGGGGCCUGCUGCGAGAAUGUCAUUGGCUACACGCCGUUGCCGCUUGGUGUUGCUGGACCUCUGACGAUCGACGGCCGAAGCUACUACCUACCCAUGGCAACGACAGAAGGCGUCCUCGUGGCAAGCACAAGCAGAGGCUGUAAGGCUAUCAACGCUGGUGGCGGCGCCGUCACAGUUCUUACAGGCGACGGCAUGACUCGCGGUCCUUGCAUUGGCUUCGACACGCUUACCCGUGCAGCUGCGGCGAAGAACUGGCUUGACAGUGCGGAAGGACAGAAGGUGAUGCGUGAAGCGUUCAACUCGACCUCACGCUUUGCCAGGCUCCAAACGCUAAAGUCCUCGAUCGCGGGAACGUACGUGUACGUCCGCUUCAAGACUACGACGGGCGACGCAAUGGGCAUGAACAUGAUCUCGAAGGGUGUCGAACAAGCGCUGAGUGUCAUGCGUAACGAAGCUGGAUUCGAGGAUAUGGCCAUCAUAUCUGUAUCCGGAAAUUACUGCACCGACAAGAAGCCUGCAGCCAUCAACUGGAUCGAUGGACGCGGAAAAAGCGUUGUCGCUGAAGCUAUUAUUCCGGCAGAGGUUGUCCGAUCGGUGCUCAAGAGCGACGUUAACGCGCUUGUUGAGUUGAAUGUUGCGAAGAACUUCAUCGGCAGCGCCAUGGCGGGAAGUAUUGGAGGCUUCAAUGCGCACGCCGCCAACAUUGUUACUGCCAUCUUCCUCGCGACGGGUCAGGAUCCAGCGCAGAAUGUUGAGAGCAGCAAUUGCAUUACUGUUAUGAAGAAUCUCAACGGCAACCUCCAAAUCUCCGUCUCGAUGCCGUGCAUCGAAGUCGGCACCAUCGGUGGCGGUACAGUUCUCGAGCCUCAAGCCGCCAUGCUCGACCUCCUUGGCGUUCGCGGCGCGCAUCCUACUUCACCAGGUGACAACGCACGCCAGCUUGCACGAAUUAUCGCAGCCGGUGUGUUGGCAGGUGAGCUGAGUUUGUGUUCGGCGUUAGCCGCAGGACAUCUCGUGAGGGCGCAUAUGGCGCAUAACCGGAGCGCUGCGCCGUCGAGGGCACAGAGUCCGGGUAGGACUGGAUUGGCGAUCACCACUAGUACGGCAGGGCAGGAGGCGAGGAGGUGA